AUGAGGAGACUAGUGUCAAGCAAAUACAAAAGUAUUGCAUUUGUUCUUGUUGCAGGAGGGCUUGGGAAACAUCUUAGAUACAAUAGAAUCAAGGUAGCACUUCUCAUGGAGACAACAAUAGGAACUUGUUUCUUACAACACUACAUAGACAAACUCAAGGUAAAGUUUAUGGAAGAAAGGAAUAUGAAGCCACUUGAUUUAAAUCUUCCAUCAUUAUCAGCAAGAUGCCAUAAAGACUUGGAGUUGAAUUUGGCAUUAUCAGCAUUUUCUCAAAUUACCCCUUACCUAGUUGGAAUUUGA